UUCAACGCCAGCUCGAUGGUACACGCAGAAACAACUGUGUUUAUAAAGAUAUAGCUGAAAAGAUUUCAGCUGAAUUCAGCAUGGAUAUAAGUGUAUCCCAGAUAACAAACAAAUUGAAGUACCUUCGCCGAGAAUAUACAAAAGCAAAGGACAAUAACAACAAAUCGGGGAGGGCUAAGGUGACAUCGCCGUUUUAUGACACGCUGGACAGAAUACUAGGUACACAGGAUAUCCACAAUCCUGAGAUUGUACUCCAAAACGGCGUGAACACGGCAGAGGGCACCGAUGAAAGUCAAGCUGAUGACGAAGCUAAUUUGAUAGUACCAGAGGCACUGGCUGCAGAAGAAGAAGCCUUGAUUGAUCUGGAUGACACAAAUGCCAUAGGUGUGAUAGACGGCCCACCUGCAAUCCAACCAGAAGCAGUAGAUGAACCACAACAACCCCAGCCACGAAAACCAAAAAAGAAGGCAAAGAAAAAAUCGAAAUUCGAAAUGGCACUGCAAACGUUCAAUGCAAACUGUGAGGAACAGGAUGUGGCAUUCGAACGAAGAAUGCUUGAACACCAGAAACAGCUCCAGCAGCAGCAUGCUGAAUUGCAGGAGCGGUUAAUGGAGAAGCAAAAUUCAAAUAUGUUGGAAAUGAUGCGAAUGUAUAUGCAACCUAUGCAACAGCCACAGCAUCUUCCUCCGCACCAGUUCCCAACGCCAAUAUCUCAGACACAUCAUCUACAGACAUUUCCUGCAAACAAUACUAUGGCAAACAAAACAAUGGAAGCAACAUCCCUCCGACAUCCACGGGAAGACUUCCUCAGAAGACCGUUGUCAUUAGCUCGUACAUUAGCCGAGGAUGCCUCCAUUAUUCACCACUGCCCUACACCAACAAGUACUCGUGCAUCUUCGUUGCUAGCUCGUCCACCUGUCGAGGAUGCUCCUAUUCAGCAUCAAUGGCCUACACCAACAAGCACUCGUGCAUCUUCGUCGCUAGCUCGACCACCUUUCGAGGAUGCUCCUAUUCAGCAUCAGCGGCCUACACCAACAAGCACUCGUGCAUCUUCGUCGCUAGCUCGACCACCUGUCGAGGAUGCUCCUAUUCAGCAUCAGUGGCCUACACCAACAAGCACUCAUACAUCUUCAUCAUUAGCUCGUCCAUCUGUCGAGGAUACUCCUAUAGAACAACACUGGCCUACGACAACAAGCACUCGCACUCGCGUAUCUGGACUAUAUAGACCAAUAAACACUGUCAUAUCUCUGGCAUCCAACUCGCUGUCCGAACCAGCACCUAAGCGCUCAAAGCCGGAUAGACCUCGAUAUUUUUCAUUGUAGGUGUAGAUGAUAUUAUUUUACCAUGCAUUUGCAUAAUUUUAAUAUAGUUCCUCCAUAACUGUUCAUUCAAUAUAACAAUGUACGUAGUGUAGGGUGUGUAGUUCAUAUAUCAUUCUCUUUUCAGUGAUUUAUUUUUUCUUAUAUCUAUGGAAUGAAUGUGUUUGGUGCAUGUUUAAGCAGUUUUAAUUUAGUGCCUGCUUAACUGUUUAUUCAAUGUAACAUUAUACUGUAGUGUAGUGCUGUUAAUAUAUUUUCUUUUUAAUGAUUUAAUUUUGAAAAGAAAUGUGGUUGUUGCAUAUUUCAGUACUCAUCUCAAUAAAAAAAUCAUAACAAGGUUUUAAACAAAAUAAUCAUUUCAUUUUAAUGUUAACAAUACAAUUUUAUGUACAACAGUUCAAAGGUGUAGAGUGUAACAACAUGUAAUCAAUCUACAUGGUUGGAAUGGUUUUUAUCAAUAUUUUUCAUUGGUACUUUUGAUACUUUCCUCUUUGAAUAAUUUGAUGUAAAUACCACCAGAACUUUCAUAAAUAAUUUUUUUUAGGUGUAAUAUUUAAUA